AUGCAGGGCCUUGCGGGAUUAUCCGUUUGGGACCUUCCGUUUCCAGUCCGGACUUGUGCUGAGCGUGUCCCCAGUCCGACUGUAACCCUGAAUGACUUCAAUUAUCGAUAUUACAACCAUGAUUGCCAGAAAUCCCGGCUCGGAGAAUGGGUUCCGUACCGGAGAUUAGAAGCACUUUCAUCUACGUUUCAGUCAGCGCUUAGUCUGAAGAUCCGUAAUGUGAGAGACCACACUCGGAGCACAGUCCACCUCUACCAUCAAAAGAUGGAUGAAAUGAAGGAGGCAAAGGCGGAGAGCUAUUUCCAAUACUCCGGGGGGGCAACGGAUCCAUUAAAACAAGAGGAUGAGGAUGUCCUUGGGGCAAGAACAUUCAUGAAGCUUGAUACUGCAGAACAUGUAAGAAGACAGUUACAAAAAAUAGGCGAAGAAAGAACCACAGGUGUCGCCAUUUGUAUUUUUGAGGAACGAGCAGGAUUCUUCCAGGUCGGUGUCAUCAUCGAUUCGCCCCUCUUGGCUCGGGAUCCAAUGCAGAGGAUACUGUGGAUUAAGCAUGCAGAGCGCAGUGACGAUCUUCAUGCAAGACAGAGAGACUUUGUUACCACCAUCUUUCUGCUCAAAGCCAGCAACGAUGCGACGAUGAGCAGAUUUGUAAGUCAUGACGUACACGACCCUCGUUUGAGCUUCUCGUAG